UGGGUUUGGUUGCCUUGCCCUGUUGCCCCCCUUGUCCUCGUACGAUUAGACUAGUAGAAGCAGCGGCCUAGGCCAUCAUCAGUGCUUGCCGUGGCCGUUAAGUGCAAGCACUGUGCGGCUGCUUCGUCUUCUUCCACCUCGCGGCCAUAAACACGCGCGAGAAACUCGCUGACCAUGUGAAGCGGACGACUCUGUUUUCCUCUCGAUUGCUUCCAGCGGGCCGCCGCCGUCUUGUUACCUUCUUUUUCUUUGCGGUGAUUCUCCGUUCCCCCGGGUUUUUGCGUGCUCGGUAGAGGAGAAGCGGCAUGUCGCCGGCGAGGCUGCUCGGGAUCUCCAUCUUCUGCUUGCUUCUCUUCAAGAACUCUGAAUCCGUUUCAGAUGACGUAUCUGCGCUUCUUGCGUUCAAGAGAGCCAUCUACGAGGACCCUCUGUCCAAGCUGUCGGACUGGAACUCCAGGGACAAGGAUCCCUGCACAUGGUCCGGCGUCGGGUGCUCGGCGUUCAACAGCCGCGUGGUUACUCUAGAGUUGUCGAAUUCAUCUCUCCAAGGAUUCUUGGCACUAGAAAUCGGAUCCCUGAGAUCUUUGCAAAAACUCGUGUUGGAUCACAAUAAAUUCAUGGGCUCAAUACCAAAAGACAUCGGCAAGUUGAAGAACCUGAUCGAGCUGAACCUUAGCAGUAACCAACUUGCGGGGCCAAUUCCCAGUGAGAUUGGAGACAUGCCAAAGAUCGCAAAAAUAGACCUUCACGCAAAUCGGUUGGAUGGCGCUAUCCCUCCUGAGCUUGGCAAGUUGGGAAGCCUCCUUGAGCUACAAUUGAGCAAUAACCACCUUACAGGGACUAUUCCUGCAAGUAAUGAUUCGAACAUGGAAUCCACCAACAGUAAUGACCAAAUUGGAUUGUGUCAGCUAUCUCAGCUAACCGAUAUCGACCUCUCGUAUAACUUUUUGGUUGGAGACAUUCCCACAUGCUUAAAGCAGAUCCAAAGAUCAAGCUUGGUAGGGAAUUGCUUCGAGAACAAUGAUACAUCAAACCGUCCACUUCAGCAAUGUGAAAUUAAUCAGGACACAGGCAAAGACAACCAUACUGAUGAGGAUGAGCAGAAAGGCCUGCCAGAGCCACUUUGGCUUCUCAUUCUGGAAGUCAUCGCAGCAGUUUCGUUCCUUUGUUUACUGACACUUUGUACCAUCACUGGCCUCCGAAGGUGCAGAGCUAGAUCCUCAGGGUCCGGGAACAGUGCUCCAUGGACAAGAGCCGUGAGCUGGAAGGAGAACACCGUAAUAUCAAUCGAUGAUGAUCUCCUGGUAAAUGUGCCGAAGAUAAGCCGGCAGGAGCUUGCAGAAGCUUGCGAAGAUUUCAGCAACAUAAUUGGAUCUUCUCAUGAGACAGUCGUGUACAAGGGAACUCUGAAGGAUGGCCGAGAGAUCGCUGUUGUGUCCCUGUCCGUUUCAGUGCAUUACUGGAAUGACUAUGUGGAGCUGUACUUUCAGAAGGAGGUGAUAGAAAUGGCUAGGCUGAGUCAUGAAAAUGUUGCAAAGCUGGUGGGAUACUGCAAGGAGUCUGAGCCGUUCUCGAGAAUGCUGGUCUUUCAGUACCCACCAAAUGGGACACUUUAUGAGCAUCUUCACGAUGGGGAAGGGUGGCAGCUAUCUUGGCCCAGACGGAUGAAACUAGUUCUUGCCAUCGCGCGUGCUCUCAGAUACUUGCACACCGAGUUGCAACCUCCGUUUGCUGUUGCUGCACUGACGUCCAGUUCAAUCUACCUAACUGAAGAUUACUCACCAAAGAUAAUCGAUUUCGAGCGGUGGAGAUAUCUUGUGAGCAAACCAGGACUUGGCUCAGUAAAUGGCGGGUCUGUCAACAGCAUUACGGAUUCUCGGCACAAGCGCUUCAUGGACGUCCAGGCAAACACCUUCGCGUUCGGGGUGAUCCUGCUGGAGCUGAUCAGCGGCAGAGCCUCGGUUUCCAAAGAUACAGGGGAUCUGGUGGACUGGGCAAUGAAGCACCUGGAGCACCCCGAGGAGUUCAGCAAGUUGGUGGACGAGAGGCUGCAGAGGCAGAGCGUGAACCAGGAGAGCCUGGGCAUCGUCUGCAACGCGGUGAACCUGUGCAUCGACCCGGAGCCCUCGCGGCGGCCCUCCAUGACCAUGAUCGCGGCCAUCCUGGAGGAAGGCAUCGAGGCGACGGCGGCCACCUUGAUGAGGGACUCGUCUCUGGCCUGGGCCGAGGCCGAGCUGGCCAUCUCCUAGAUGCCCUUUGCUCGUCUGGCCGUCCAUGUAGUUGCUUGACAGUAAUGGUUUGACCCAUUGUUACUCCAUUUGGCAAUUGGCAUUGUAAUGGUUUUUGUCUUGAGCAGGAAUGGCACAAUGAUCUGAAUUGAAAAUGACUUUUCGAUUUGACCA